AUGAAUGUGGCUGGUGUGGUUAAGGACUGGCUCUUGAUCGCUUUCUCUUGGUCUGUGAUUAAGGAUACGGUCACGCCGUUGAAUCUUUUCGGUUACGGUCUUGCGUUCUUGGGCGUUGCGUAUUACAAUCACUGCAAGUUGCAGGCUUUGAAGGCUAAAGAUGCACAGAAGAAGGUUCAAGAAAGUGAUGAGGAAGCUGGGAAGCUUUUGGAACAGAGGGAAAGUGAAGUUACUGGAAAAAGAAACGAUACUCAAGACUGA